AUGACCCCAGCUCAUCCACACACUACAAACCUGGCGGUGGGGGCACAGGCCCACUGCCCCACCCCCUUCCCCAUCUCGGCCAGCCUCGGGGGCCGGGCCGGCUCUCACUGGGGCCUCCAGCACGGAGGAAAACAUCCGGUCACCGUGGUGCCCCCAGCAUUUGCGAUGAAGCUGGGCCGGCUGGCGCAGGCCACAGGCAGCGGGAGACCCUCCCUCAGGGCUGCUGGCCAGCCAGAGCCUCCGCUAAGGGCCACCGUCACCACCCUGACAGGACACAGCACGCGGGACAGUGGCCUCCGCCCCACCGCUGCUGAGGGAACAAUCAGGGGUGCCAGGGAGCCUCGGCUGACCCGGGCCGGCCGGGCCUCCGAAGCUGGGAGGACGGCGGAGCCCCGGGCGACGGGAGGCAGCGCUGAGGGUGGCCAGGCCAAGACCGCCCGGGCCGCCGGCGGGUCCCGAGUGGGAUGCAGAGAAGCCGCAGAGCUGAGGGCUCCUUCCAGAACACGGGAGGCAGCCCUCAUCCACCUGCAGCAGGCCACGAUGCUGUGUCCACACAGCGACAGCCACGCCGGAGCCCAGAGCCACGGCCACGGCCCCGGCCACAGCGGUUCCCGGAGGACCCAGCAGCCCUGCUCAGCACUCACAUGCCAUGUGGUCCCCACACACCGUCUCCCCACAGCGUUCGCUCGGGCAGGAACGCUCGACAGUCACGUGCCCUGGGACUUUGGUGUCAGAGCACACCUGGGGGCCCCAGGGCAGCUCAGGGGGCCUCACCGAAGGUCCCUUCAUCGUCACGGGGUUCACCCUGAAGAGCUGCUGUGA